CGCCAUUCGCACUUUCCGGAAAAACCACACCUGUAGACGCUUCUCCGACAGUCACAGAAUAACAAAGAAAGAUGGCUUCCACGGUGUCCAUGACCGCCCCCGCCGUUGCCCCGUUGUCUCGUGCCAGCUAUCCAAGCCUCCUCCGGACACCCUUUGUCGCACUUCCGAAAUCCCUCGCCGGCAGAAACUCUCCUAUCCAGCCCAAACCCAUCUCUCUCAUUCCUUUCUCCUCCAAAUCAUCUAGGGUCAGGGUUUCUGCUUCCUCGUUUACCCCUCAAAUUUCAUCUCGGUCCCCUUCCUCCACACUAAUAGCGGAGUCAACUCGGACCGUCUCGACCAUCUUAGCGCUCGGGUUCUCCCUGUCUCGCUUAUUACCUCAUUUGAUUCAAAAAGUGGCACUCUCAAUCAGUGGAAUCGUGGACCUUGCGGCGAUUCAGUCUUUCCAGCAGAACAGCAAUCUGGUGCACACUGUUGGCCCCGCCUUUUUCGCAGCGAUGCGGCCAAGCGGGUACUUGAACACGCCGCUAACGGUGGUGGCGGCGGGUCUCGCGAAGUGGCUAGAUAUUUACAGUGGAGUUUUGAUGGUUAGGGUUUUGUUGAGUUGGUUCCCCAACAUACCAUGGGAACGGCAGCCUCUAUCAGCAAUCAGGGACCUCUGCGAUCCCUAUCUUAAUCUGUUCAGGAAUAUAAUCCCUCCUAUCUUCGAUACUUUGGAUGUUAGUCCGUUGCUUGCUUUCGCAGUUUUAGGGACGCUUGGGUCGAUUCUCAACAACAGCAGGGGAGCGUAUUGAAGAUGAUAAAAGAUUUGGUCUUUUGAUAAAUCUCAGUGCUUUUAUGACGGAAAACAGCCCUGGACAGUCAAUCCUUUGAGUUCAGCUAGGUGGAGCUAUGCGCCUAUGUCAUCCUCAAUUUUUUUUUUUCUAGGAGAGACAAUGUCUUUUGGAAAUUAUAAAAUUAUUUGAUGAGGUUCAAGCCUGAAAGUAUGAAAUGUCUUAGAUGUAUAAUGGUUGUUAUAGAUGACACAAAUUUGUCGUCCAUGGCAUUGAUGCUUUGAGGUUAUCAGUGACAUCAAUAUCAUGAUGCCAACUCAUAUAAUCUUGUGCAGCUUUUAUAUGAUAUCAUUCUAUAUCUAUAGUAUUGUUCUUGAAGUCCCAUGGACGUUGUUUUCAGAUAAUCUUAUCAUUGAUGUGCCUUA